AUGGCCACCCUCGAAGAUCUAGAAGCUCUAGAGCAAGCCACCAAUGCAGACGGCCCCAAGGAUAAGGACGGUGACGCCUCGAUGGGCGAAGCCGACUCUGGCGUCGAUCCCGAAAUCCUAACAGCCUCUACUCAAGAUGUCAUCAACCGUCGCCGUCUGCUUGAGAACGACCUACGCGUCAUGCGGUCCGAAUUCCAGCGCCUAACCCACGAAAAAGGCACUAUGAACUCGCGAAUCAAAGAGAACCUUGAGAAGAUAGAGAACAACCGCAUGUUACCAUAUCUCGUUGGAAACGUUGUUGAACUGUUAGAUUUGGAUCCUAACAGCGAGUUACCGGAAGAUGGUGCAAAUACCGAUGUUGACGCUACACGGACGGGCAAGUCGGCAGUUAUCAAGACUUCGACGAGACAGACCAUCUUCCUACCGUUGAUUGGUCUUGUAGAUCCGGAGAAGCUGAAGCCAGGUGAUUUGAUUGGUGUUAAUAAGGAUAGCUACCUUGUCUUGGAUACGUUACCUGCAGAGUAUGACAGCAGAGUAAAAGCCAUGGAGGUGGAUGAGAAGCCUACUGAGGGGUAUGGUGAUAUUGGUGGGUUAGAUAAACAAAUUAUGGAGCUUGUGGAAGCUGUUGUCACACCGAUGAAGGAAGCAGAGAGAUUUAAGAAGAUUGGUAUCAAGGCGCCGAAGGGUGCUUUGAUGUAUGGUCCUCCGGGAACAGGAAAGACACUUCUUGCCAGAGCCUGCGCUGCUCAAUCCAACGCUACCUUCCUUAAACUCGCCGGUCCUCAGCUCGUUCAAAUGUUCAUUGGUGACGGUGCCAAGCUUGUUCGCGACGCAUUCGCCCUCGCCAAAGAGAAGGCACCAGCAAUCAUCUUCAUCGACGAACUUGACGCCGUUGGUACCAAACGUUUCGACUCUGAAAAAUCUGGAGACAGAGAGGUGCAACGUACCAUGUUGGAGCUAUUGAACCAACUUGACGGUUUCGCCAGCGACGACAGAGUCAAGGUGCUUGCUGCGACAAAUCGUGUCGAUGUCCUUGACCCCGCUUUGUUGAGAUCCGGUCGAUUGGAUAGAAAGAUUGAGUUCCCGUUGCCGAAUGAAGAGGCUAGAGCAAAUAUCAUGCAGAUCCAUUCGAGAAAGAUGACGGUUGAUGAGGGUGUCAACUUCCAGGAGUUGGCUAGGAGUACGGAUGAAUUUAACGGUGCCAUGUUGAAGAGCGUUUGUGUGGAGGCUGGUAUGAUCGCGCUGAGAGAAGGCAAGUCGAAGAUUACACAUGAGAACUAUGUCGAUGCUUUAGCAGAAGUUCAGAGCAAGAAGAAGCAAACAGUAAACUUUUAUGCAUAA